AUGCCUACUGCCACGAGAGAUUUAUAUCAUGCGAGUGUCAAGCUCCCCAAGAUCCACACUUCCUACCAAGUGACAUAUCCGACACCGUCGCCAACGCUAUCGAUGAAGCAGCCGGCCAUGCUUCCAGGAAUGUCCAGAGAGCUCCCGAUGCCAACAGUAAAUCGAAUCACCAACCUGAACCAAGCACAAGCGACUCUACUGCACUGUUCAACGAAGCUGUCAAAGUCCUGGCAGAACAAUCCUGGAAGAUCAUCGCCACCCAGCUCACCGCUCGACUCGGAUGCACGACGACACUUCCAGCUCUGGCUGGAGCAGUGGGAGCAGGCUUUUACGUCUUACCUUUCUUGUGCCAUGGCCGGCAUGAAAAGCGAGGACAUCACCCGCUGCAGAGUUCUCAAAGCCAACCACCUCUCCUGCACGAUUCUCGCCGCAGGCUCCAGCUCAGAUCCUCGAWCGUUCAGUGGGUUUGAGUCUGACUUUCAAGCGAUCGUCGAGCUGGCAAGCGCAGUCAUGCAGUCUCGAUCAGCAACGAGCUCCCCUUCCAACCGCGGCGGAUCCCCAAGCAAUGGAAAUAGUUCUGCUGGCAGCCUCGAAGUACGUGGCCCGCUCUACGUCGUCGCCGCGCGUUGCAACCGUGUUGACAUUAGAGCUCGCGCCGUUGAGCUUCUGGGAAAAAUUGACGGUCCACGCUGA